AUGUCGGCUUCUCCGUCCAACCUCCAGUCGGCCAAGCGUCCUCUCGAGGACCCUUCUUCCCCCACGGGCCCCAACGACCAGCCCGAUGCCAAGCGCCCCGCUCUCGACAAAGUCGUGAAGAAUGAUACCGAGGUCCAGGCCGACGUCUCGAGCAACGAGGUUCCCGGUGUCGAGAGUGCCCAGGAUACACAGGGUGAUACCGUCGUUCCCGAUGCCCCCAAUGGCAAGCAGACCGAAACCCAGCCGAUCCAGUCGACUGCCUCCCACGGCGAUCACGCCAGCUCCCAGUCUGAUCAACAGGCCCCGCAGGAUGAAACUAACUGGAUUCAUAUUCGCGCCGUGAUCUCCAGCUCGGAGGCCGCGACAGUGAUCGGAAAAGGAGGCGAGAAUGUUUCCCAGAUUCGCCGUUCGUCGCAUGCCAAGUGCACAGUUAGCGACUACACUCGAGGUGCCGUCGAGCGGAUUUUGACUGUCAGCGGCCUCCAGGAUGCCGUGGCCAAGGCUUUCGGACUUAUCAUUCGCACUCUGAACAAUGAACCCAUUGAUACCCCCUCUACUGCCCAGUCCAAGACGUACCCUUUGCGUCUGCUAAUCCCGCACAUUCUCAUCGGCUCAAUCAUCGGCAAGGGCGGCAGCCGGAUCCGCGAGAUCCAGGAUGCUUCUGGCGCCCGGCUCAAUGCGUCGGACUCCUGCCUUCCGUUGUCCACCGAGCGCUCUCUUGUUAUUCUCGGAGUCGCAGAUGCGGUGCACAUUGCGACCUACUAUGUCGCAGUGACCCUGGUGGAGCAACUGACGGAACGAUUCAACGGCCCCGCGGCUUCCGCAUAUGCCACUCGCAGUGGUGGCCCUGCUGGUGCUGUCUCUGGUGGGAUGCAAGUUGUCCCCUAUGUCCCGCAGCCUGCUGGUGGCCAGGCGGUGCCUACGGUAUGCCCUAUGUGCAAGGCCUGCCCACCCCCCACCCCCGUCGGUCAACCGGUCAUGCCCUAUGGCGCUGCUACCCCUCACACCCCCUACGCCGGUGCCACUCCCCAUCAGCCCACUCCAUACGUCGGCGGCCCGCAGCCCACUGCUGGUCGUGGAGCCCCCACCCCAGCUGCUCCCACAGGCGCCGCAAUGCCUGGCCAGCCUUUGACUCAACAGAUUUUCAUCCCCAACGACAUGGUUGGUGCCAUCAUCGGAAAGGGUGGCGCCAAAAUCAACGAGAUUCGCCAUUUGAGUGGUAGCGUUAUCAAGAUCAACGAGCCCCAGGAGAGCAGCAAUGAGCGUCUGGUCACAAUCACGGGUACCCAAGAGUGCAACCAGAUGGCUCUGUACAUGCUUUAUUCGAGACUCGAAAGCGAGAAGCAUCGCGUCUAG